UAGACGUCAUACAACUGGCAACAUUUAAUUUUUUUUCUGCGUUUGGCAGUCUUGUUGAUUUGGAGGCAUUGGUUGGCCAGAUAUUAUUUCUUUUCCGAUCCGUAGCCGAUUGGUGUCGUGCUAUCCUUAUGGGUAAGCCCCGUGGUAUACGCACGGCGCGUAAGCACGUGAACCAUCGCCGUGAGCAGCGAUGGGCAGACAAGGAAUACAAAAAAGCCCACAUGGGCACGAGAUGGAAGGCUAACCCUUUCGGUGGUGCAUCUCACGCUAAGGGCAUCGUCCUGGAGAAAGUUGGCGUAGAAGCUAAGCAACCUAACUCUGCCAUCCGGAAGUGUGUGCGUGUUCAGCUUAUCAAAAACGGCAAGAAGGUGACCGCGUUCGUCCCUCGUGACGGUUGUUUGAACCACAUUGAGGAGAACGAUGAAGUGCUAGUAGCAGGAUUCGGUCGUAAGGGUCACGCCGUUGGUGACAUUCCCGGAGUUAGGUUUAAGGUGGUGAAGGUGGCCAACGUUUCACUCCUAGCGCUGUACAAAGAAAAGAAGGAAAGACCUCGGUCAUAAAUCUACUUCAUUGUGAUAAGUGCUGCUGGGUAGUGGUGUUGCUCAUAAGUGUAAAUUUACAAAAAUGCAAAAAUCAAGUACACAAUAAAGUUGUGUAUGCCAAA